AUGGAGUCGAAGAGCAAACAUGAAGCAUCUCUUGGAGAGCUCGAGUUACAACCAACACGAGAACCAGCAAUUGAAAACCCAACUACAAGGCUCAACCCUCCCAUUGAAGAGACAAGUCUAACAAAAAGAAACCUAUUCAAAGUCCUCGCAGCAAGCAUCUCAUUCUUCUUCGCCGGAAAUAAUGAUGGAAGUCUAGGAGCACUAACACCCUACAUCUUACGAACCUACAACGUAGGCACCGAAUACGUAGCGUUGAUCUAUGGCGCCACGUUCCUCGGCUGGCUCUUCGCCGCCGCAAAAAACAGCCACCUAAUCCGGUACCUAAACCUCGGUGCCAUCCUCACCCUGGGCGCCUUCAUCCAACUCCUCGCCCACACCCUCCGCUGCUGGACCCCACCCUGCGCCCUCUACGUCAUCACCUUCUUCUUCCAAGCAACAGGCAUGGCGUACAAUGAAUCCCACGCCAACACUUUUGUCGCCUCCAUCGACGGCGCACACCGACUGUUGGGUUUCAUCCACGCCAUGUAUGCACUAGGUUGUCUAAUUAGCCCGUUUGUAGCGACUGCUAUUGCAGCGAGAGUGGGCGGGGAGUGGAUGUUGUUUUAUUUGUAUCUUGUAGGCAUUGGAGUGGUGAAUGUGGGGGUUGUGGGUGUAGCGUUUAGGGAUUGUUUGGGUAUGCAUGCAAAACCACAGCAGUCUGCUGCUCCUGGAGACCCUUAUGGUGAGGGUAGUCGCAGCAGGAUUGCUAAUCGUGAUAUCAUCGAUACGCUCAAGUCGCCGUCGGUCUAUUUGCUUUCGCUCUUUUACUUCUUCAUGUUGGGCACGGGGAUCACGGCUGGUGGGUGGGUGGUUGAGUAUUUGAUCGAGGCUCGGAACGGCCGUCUACCUGAUAUCGGGUAUGUUCCUGCGGGGCUGUGGGGUGGAGUGUUUCUUGGACGAGUGGUUUUGGCGGAACCUACGCAUCGCUUUGGGGAAAGAAGGAUGACGAUGGUGUACUGCGUUUUGAUACUUGCAUUACAACUGGUCUUUUGGCUGGUCCCGAGUUUGGUCGGUGGCGCCGUGUCCAUCUCGAUAAUAGGUUUCUUCUAUGGAUCUAUGUUCGCUACGGGAAUGAGUAUUGGAUCGAAAUUGUUCCUAAAGGAGAUCCAAACUACGGCACUUGGAUUUGUCUUUGUACUAGCGCAAGCCGGGGGCUCGUUCUUUCCGGCUGUCACGGGUAUCAUUGUUAGUGAAGCAGGAGUCAGGGUCAUGCAGCCUGUGCUCGUAGGCUUGAUAGUCUCAAUGGGAAUCUCGUGGGCGCUGGUACCAAAGGUGAAAAAGCGGAAUGAGUGA